GAAAAAGAAGAAAACUGUUGUGUGCAGGUCAGUUACAUGCCUGCAAUGAACAAGAAGCACUGGAGGAAGGGUUCAAAGCAAAGGGAGAGAGAGACAAGGAAAGAGCACCUGAGCGCAUUGUCAAGGACCUCCUCUCCUUGGGUGGAUGCAAAGCACGCCUAACCUAGGUGUGGAUCAUAGGCUACAAAACUGCAAGCAACAGAAUCCAGUACACAUAGUGUCAACUGCCAAACAGAGCUCUGUGUGGAAAACCCUUGAGCCCAAGAGCAUACAUUCUUUUUAAGUAAUGGCAAGUAACUGCAUGUGUUUUUUUUUUCUUCAUGUUUCAUCAUCUUCCUCCAGAGCCUGCUUGGCCAGCACUUUUAAGUUUCUUAUGGUUCCUUUUCCCCUGGGGGAACUCCAGUCUGGUUUAGAAUUAAGGAACCCAGCCAUUCACAACUGGCAGUGAGCUGAAACUCUUCUCAUAUUCCUGCUCCAAAGAAACUAGAGGUCAGCUAACAUGCUCAUAAGCUGAGUUUUAGUAUAUGUGGGUUCAGAGUCAGAGAAUGGAAACCACAAAGGAAUGCUGAUAGUUUAAUAGUUUAAAUUAACAUAUAUGCCCUUAAGUAUGUACUAAUCAUCCAUUAUGCUAUAUCUAACUUUUGAAGUAUAGGAAUGCACUCAGACCUUAAUAUCACAUACACAACCAUACAAUUCCUAGCAUGGUGGUGAUUAUCAUUAAUAUGACUAAAAUGACAAUAUGUAAGAGAAGUAUUGUUUAUCCUAGCAAAUGGUCUGCUUCAUCCAGAGCCACUUACUCCAGGCUUAGGACUGAGUGGUCAGCUGUGCCUUUUAUAAUAUAUUCAGUUUUGUCUUUCACAGGGCAGCUGUUGCCUUACAGUCAUCUGAAAGAGAUGGUUAUGCAGGGCCCAUUGUGACAACUGCACCCAAAAUGGCUGCUGAUCAACACCAGCUUUGGGGAAAAUGCUUCUGCCUUGAACUUACUGUUGCCAAACACCAAUACUGGAAAAGAUCACUGCUUGUAGUUGAGCACAAAGAAACCGCAGAGAUUUCCACAUCCUUCAGAGAGAAGAAAGAACCCAGCAGAGCAGGAUUAAUACAGACUUGUUUCUGGUGGCCUUUUUGCACAAAGGCUGCCUUCGAAGAGGGGCAGGAAAGAAAGAAACACCGUGAUAUUUAAUGAGCCGUGAAAUGAAGCAUUGCUGCUGGUGCUGCUCCUCCUGCUAACCCUCAGAUUCGAAGAUUCAGCUGCUAUUCACUGUGCUUAAUAUACAUGUUUCUGCACCGUGCAUUUAGAUCCCAGAAAGGAAUUCAAAACGGCUGCCGGGGAAAGGCCACCAAACAUGCCUACAGAAACACUACAGACAGGUAGCAUGGUCAAACCUGUCAGUCCUGCCAUCACUUUCACCUCAGCUGUACCCCUCCGCAUUUUGAACAAAGGACCUGACUAUUUUCGCAGGCAGGCGGAGCCUAAUCCAAAAAGACUCAGUGCUGUGGAGAGGCUGGAGGCCGAUAAGGCAAAAUAUGUAAAGAGCCAAGAGGUCAUCAAUGCCAAACAAGAACCAGUGAAGCCAGCUGUGCUCCCCAAGCCUCCAGUGUGCCCUGCAGCUAAGCGGGCUUUGGGCAGCCCUACCUUGAAAGUGUUCAGCAACAAUGUAAAGACUGAAAGUGGUGUCCAAAGGGAGACCCUAAAGCUCGAGAUUUUAAAAAAUAUAAUCAAUAGUUCAGAGGGCUCCAGUUCAGGCUCAGGGCACAAACACAGUUCACGAAAUUGGCCUCCCCACAAAUCUGAUUCUGGAGACCUACACCGACAUUCGUUUGCAGAAUCCUUAAAGGUUUACUCCACCCAAGGCCGUAGCAGUCCUCAAGAAAGCAACUCCAGCGUGAGUAGAAGGCUACUGGAACAGUCACCAGAGUCAUUCUUACAUGUUUCUCAUAGCUCCUCAGACAUUAGAAAAGUAUCUAGUGGCAAACCUUUAAAAGCAAUACCAUGCAGUAGUUCAGCUCCCCCUCUGCCUCCCAAACCCAAAAUUGCUGCCAUCACCACACUGAAAUCUCCAGAGAUGGACACAGUAGAAUCCAGUUGUGGAGUCAGCAGGCGACCUUCCUUACAACGAUCAAAGUCAGACUUAAGUGACAGAUACUUUCGAGUUGAUGCUGAUGUUGAAAGGUUCUUUAACUAUUGUGGACUGGAUCCUGAAGAGCUUGAAAACCUUGGGAUGGAAAAUUUUGCAAGGGCUAACUCAGACAUUAUCUCUCUCAACUUUCGCAGUGCAAGUAUGAUAAGUUCAGACUGUGAACAGUCUCAGGACAGCAACAGUGACCUUAGAAAUGAUGACAGUGCCAAUGACCGCGUGCCAUAUGGUAUUUCUGCCAUUGAAAGAAAUGCCAGAAUCAUCAAGUGGUUAUACAGCAUCAAGCAAGCCAGAGAGUCACAGAAAGUGUCCCAUGUGUGAGUGAAUCUUCAGGGGGACAAUGAGAGACUGUAUCUUUGUGAAUAUUCAGUUGUGAAGGGUUGUGAAGUCUACUUGAAGUCUUAAUACACUUCUCAGAUCUCUUUUUGUGUUGCUUGUUGUGCAAUGUUUUCAAGUUGCAUGCCUGUCAACAUGUGAACUGACCUGGCUUCCACUUGAACAAUAACUAUCUACAGAGCCUGGCUAAGCAUACACACUUUAUCUGCCAAAAGUUUAAGACCAGAAUCUAAAUAGGGCUUUGUUUUUGAAUAAAUUGUUUACAUUAAAUGGUUACAUGGCUUAUUUUUAAUAGUACUGUAGCCCCUUUCAUUGUGGUUGAGGUUUUUUUAUAUAUACACCUUCUAAGUUUUUUGUGUGCUAUGCACAAUUAUAGUUAAGACACAGGUAUCUUUUCAACUUAAGUUUUAAGAAGAGGAGAAAAUGCCAAAAUAAAACCUUACCUAGAGCAGUGUAGUAGUCUGACGACAAAUGAACUAUCUAUAAACUACCAUGUGUAAUGAAGCUGGGUAUUGGAAAUUGUUUUCCGUUUCAGUGUUCUCACUGAAGGCCCCUACCCCUGCAUUCUCUACAUGGCUUUUUUACAAACUGUGAAAGUAGUCUACAAAGCCCUCUCAAAUUUUAUAAACUACCUUUACGGGUGUUUGGUAAGUGUCAUGGCUUAGUUUUUACUAACCGAGAAGUAUUUUUGAAAGAGGCUGACAAGGUGACAAAUGAAAAUGAAGAGUAGCAUUUUAAAGGAAGAUUCCUUGUCUUAAACUUUUGACAGGAAUUGUUAGAUCCUGUGUGCUGAUCUUGAAUGCCUUUAACUAGACAAAGCACAUCAUGAUUACAAGCGCCUGCUGCUAACUACAUUUUUUGUAGAUCUGUUUGAGCAGUUCAUGAACAGAAAAUGGAGGUACACAGCCAUAUCAGUAUAAGAGCCUCUUACUCAUAAGUCAAACGCACCCAAUAUAGCUGAACUAUAUCUGAGGAAUUGUGAUUAUGUUGUCUUAAAUAUGUUAUAUUUAAAGGCUGUGGAAGCUUGUUACAGCUCUAGAAAACUGUAGAAACAUGACAGUAUGUAGCUUUUUUUCCCCUUCCCCUCUUCUCCCCCUUGCCCUACAACGUUUAGUGCUGCACGUCAAUCUGUUACACUUUUUUUUAAAUAAUCUUGUGUCUUCCCAAUGGUUUAACUGUCAUGCCAAAGUGACAGUUGUGGUGCGUAGCAAAGAAGUCAAAAGUGCAGUGGUCUGCUUCAUUAUUACAAUUAUUAUUAUUCAUGCUUUGAAGUACUUUGCAGCACUAUCUUACACUUCAUCAGCUAAUAUGAAACUUUUUAUUGUAUAAAUGCUGUAAGACUUUGUACAUAUUUCAGUUCUUAUGAGAUCUUUAAAAAAAGUGUUAUGCUAAUAAAUAGCUCUUGGUGCAGCUACUGCUUAUGUGUUUAUAUAUUUGUAUUCUUAAUUUG